UAAACUUUUUGGUGAAUUCUCCACAUGGAACAAUGUUCAUUGAGUCGAUAGAUGCUUCCUCACUUGUUAAGACCGGAGAGAAGUUAUGUGAAUUGCUAGAUAGAUAUGUGGAACGCGUUGGAGAACAGAAUGUGGUUCAAAUUGUAAGUGAUAAUGGUAGCAACUUUGUGUUGGCUGGUCAACUGUUACAGAGAAAAAGACCACACAUAUUUUGGACGCCAUGUGCAGCUCAUUGUAUAGAUCUUAUGUUAGAAGACAUAGGGAAGAUUCCUAUCAUCAAGAAGACCCUCCAAAAAGCAAUUGCCCUUGUCAGUUUCAUUUAUGGACACUCAGGAGUCUUAAAUAUGAUGAGACAUUUCACUAAAAAUAAAGAGUUGGUGAAAUGUGGAAUUACUCGAUUUGCAACGAGUUUUCUGACUUUGCAACGGUUGCAUUGUCAAAAAACAAAUCUGCGAGCAAUGUUUACAUCUGACAAAUGGGUGAUUAGUAGGUGGGCUAAGUUACCAAGGGGGAAAAGUGCAACACAUAUUGUCUUGACGGCAACAUUCUGGAGUCAGGUUUCUAAUAUUUUGAAGAUAAUGGGGCCUCUUGUUAAAGUGUUGCGAUUAGCUGAUAAUGAGAAAAAACCUGCCAUGGGGUACAUUUAUGAAGCCGUGGAUAGAGCUAAGGAGGCUAUUGCAAAGGCAUUUGAAGGGAAUGCUGCAAAAUAUAAAGAUAUCUUUAAGAUUAUUGAUGAAAGAUGGCAAUGCCAAUUGCAUCAUCCAUUACAUGCUGCUGGACAUUAUUUAAAUCCAGAGUUCUUCUUUCAAAAUCCAGGUAUUGAGAAUUGUCAAGAAGUAACAGAUGGGUUGUAUGCUUGUAUUGAAAAAUUGGUUCCAAGCACUGAAGUACAAGACAAGAUCAUAUCAGAGAUACCAUUGUACACAAGAUUGAACAACAAUUUGGCCUUCCUAUUGCAAAAAGAGCUAGAACGAAAAGAUCUCCUGGUAAGUGAAUACAAUAACAUUAAAAUUAUUAAUUAUUUAGUUUAUGUUUAAAAGUUUACUUAAUACUUCUUACUUAGGUAAUAACUUAUACAUAAUGA